ACAGCAUGAGGUCGUUCUUCCGACGUCUUUCGUUCACACCAGAUGGUUCUUUUCUGAUCGCCCCAGGUACGCUGGGUGUGUGGAGAUUGGAGAAAACAUCAUGAAUACCACCUACAUCUUUUCCAGGAAGAGCCUCAAGAGGCCCAUCGCCCACUUGCCAUGUCCAACUAAAGCUACACUGGCUGUGCGCUGCUGCCCAGUCUACUUUGAACUGAGAACUAAGAAGGGAGAAGAUGGUUCUGAACAGCUUCUUCCCAACACAUUCCAGUUGCCUUACCGUAUGGUGUUUGCAGUGGCGUCAGAAGACUCCAUCUUUUUGUAUGACACCCAGCAGACCCUUCCCUUUGGCCUGGUGUCUAACAUCCACUACCACACACUCAGUGAUCUUACAUGGUCUCGGGAUGGUUCCUUCCUGGCGGUGUCCUCCACAGAUGGCUACUGCUCCUUCCUGACCUUCUCUCCUGGGGAGCUGGGCACUCCACUGAAGGAGCCCCCCACAUUAGAGGUCUUUGUUCCGAACAGUGGUGUCGAGAAAAAGGGCAAGAAGUCAGCGGGCAGGACAUCGUCUCCCUUGAGCAGCGCAGCCCCGACUCCCUCUUCCCAAACCAUCCAUUGCAAAGAUGCCCCCUCUAUCACCCCCCCAGAGGAGAAGAAGAGCACCCCCAGUACCAAGUCUAAAACUCAGCCGCGCAGGAUCACCCUCAACACUCUGCAGGGUUGGGGGAAACCCAGUAGUCCUAAAACCACAGCUCCUUCAGCACCUCAGACCCCGACAUCUGGAAGCACAAGUGCUCCGUCCACUCCUCAACCACACACACACAAUGAAACGCGACUUGUUGUCACGUUUUAAUUUAAUCCCAGCAUCUUCGACACGUGUCAGUGUAACUGGGACACAAACAGACACUAUGAUAUUUAAUGGGUUGAGCAAACAAGCCAGUGGCUCUUCCU